UGCUCGCGCUGCCUUCUGAGCUGGUUCAGCUCAUUUCUGGGUGAAGCCAACAGAGGGGAUCCGUGCAGAUGUGCGCUCCACCCCAGCUGCGCUCCGCUCCCUGCAGGACAGAAGUGUAAUCUGCUCCACAGAUGGGCGAAGAACUUGGCAAGGAUGGGCGGAUGGGGGAAGUAGGUAUCUGUGCCAUGCAUCCUACAUGGCAGUAACUCAUUCCUCGUUGGAAGGGGGAGUGUAAACAAGACCAGACUUUCAGACCUGAGCUCUCCUCCCUUUGUGAGACGCCGCUUUUAUGUGCGUGGCAGUAAAGAGGAUCAAAUGUGUCUCUGAGCAGCUUUACAUCCUGCAGAUCGUUUCAGAGCAAAGAAAGGAAUUUGGGCUUCGUGAGCCUUCUCCCCCCCCCCCCCCUCUCCCAGGCAAAGAGAAGCCCUCCAGUGGAGCAUCAAUGCAACCCAUAGUAGUGCGUGUGCGCACAGCUCCUCCUCACCUGCGCCCAUCACAAGGGUUCUCACUUUCCCUUUGUGCUUCAGGCACUUCCAACUGCUUCCAAGGUGGCAAGCAAACAUCACCCCCACAGGUGGCUGCUUAUUUAGCUCACCCUCACUGAAAUCCGUUGGAUUCUGCAUGGUGGGCUUCAGUCACACCCUUCCAUCCCACAGCAUUCAGCCCUGCUGCUCUGAUAACCGAGUGGUGAUAAUCUUCCUUCCCAAGCAGAGCUGGGGGCAGCUUCCUAUCCAAAUCCUUCACCUUUCCAGUCAUGGCAACAGAUGUGCAGAUGGGUAAAUGCAUGAGAAGAGCCUUCUUUGAUGUAGUGUGAUCAGAGUGAAGGAAAGGAGUCAGGUCCCGGGCGAUGCGCACAGCUCUGCUGCUGCGGUGCCAUCGGAUGCGUGCUCCGUGGUGCAGCACUGCCGUGGGUAUCCCUGCAGCUCUGCUGCACUGCUGCCCGCCUGCAGACGCUGCCCUCAGAGGAUCACUGCUUCCUGAGAGCAAAACCCACUGCCAGCAGCGGGACGAAUUGAGAUUUGUGUUUCCUUCAUUGCAAACCCCUUUGGAAAACAGCAGCGCCUUUCUUCUCCGCCUGCCUCCGCAGAUAAAGCUUGUAACCAGCUCUGAGGUUCCACAAGCGUGUGCAUUGCCUAAAUAUUGAUACCUCUGCUUUGAAAGCAAGAUAGGAAGGUGCAAAGGGUGCUGCUCUUUGUGGUUUCUGUGUCUGUCCUUUAGAGGGGGUCCAUCUCCUCUUUGGCUUUGGAUGGAGCUCAGUGCCCUGACCGCAAUGGGAUGCUCCCAUGGCUCUGCGUCCAUAGCCCUGGCGUGGGGGGGGGGGAGCAGGGGGUGGUCAGGAGCUCCAACGUUGGUUUUAAUCAGCCAACCCUGCUCUUUUCCCAGAGAAUUAAAGUAAAAACCCCGAAGGCUGCACAGGUUGAGUGAAAAGAGGAGGCACCGUUAAUCCCUGCCCGCAUCCCGGCUCAGAUGCGCGGGUCCCUAAAGGAUGCAGCCGAUGCUGCUUUGUGCUUACCGUAAGCAGCUCAAACCCAUCCACUUUGUAAUCAAAUUGUCUGGCGAGCCCGGUGAGCUGCGAUGGCCAGAGGGCACUCAUGUGAGGGAUCAUGUGAAGGCUUUAGCUGUCAUUUAGAGGCAGGGCUAUUAAAAGUCUUGUGUGGGGCCGAUGGAGCUGUUAACCCCUCUUGUUACAAUCAGAGCUUUGCUAAUCGCGUGGUGGGAGAGCCGCUUUGAUCCGAGGGGUGGAGGGGAGAGCGGAGGGGCCUUUUCAAGUGCAAAUUUCUUAUUACAGUGUCUCAGUUCACCCAGUUCUUUUUUUUCCCCUGUCUUGGCUUUCCAUGCUAAUUGUGAGAGCCUCUCCGUCAGUCGGGACACAAGCAGCAGCAAUGUGAACCACGUGUUCCAAGCAGAGUUGCAGGGAAAGUGAGAGAUGUGAACUGUGCCCCCACAAAGAUGGAGCCCUGAAACGGACCGACAACGGAGGGUGGGCCCACGUUGUGUGUGCUCUGUACAUCCCAGAGGUGCAGUUUGCCAACGUGCUGACCAUGGAGCCCAUCGUCCUGCAGUACGUUCCGCACGACCGCUUCAACAAGACCUGCUACAUCUGCGAGGAGCAGGGCAGGGAGAGCAAAGCAGCCUCUGGAGCGUGCAUGGCGUGCAACCGGCACGGCUGCCGGCAAGCUUUCCACGUCACCUGUGCCCAGAUGGCCGGCCUCCUGUGUGAGGAGGAAGUCCUGGAAGUUGACAAUGUCAAGUAUUGCGGCUACUGCAAGUACCACUUCAAUAAGAUGAAGACCUCACGGCACUCUGCAGGCAGCUCCUUCAUUGCUGGGAGGAGGAGUCGCUCCACGUCCCCCACCCAGGAGAAGCACGUGUCCCACCACGACAGGCCAAAGAAGGUGAGAUGUGUGCAGAGCCCUCCGUCCCCAGGCAGGGCGAUGGAGAGUCGUAAGGACAAAGAAAGACCUAAACAGAAGCACAAAAAACGUCCGGAAUCUCCCACCAGCCUUCCAACACCCACGGUGCCCAUCGCUGCAGAAAAGGGCUCCACCAGCCACCAUGAGGGGAGCAAAGAGACCUCAGAGGUCGGCAGAUCAGAGGUGAAAGGCAAGAAGUCCUCGAGCCAUGGCAGCAGCCACAAGGGGAAGAAGACGGGAAGCGGGAAGAGCUCGGCUGGGUUCAGCUCAGCAUCCUCCAGCAGCGCCUUCCAGCCUGCAGGCACCUCCUGCAGCUCCUUGCAGUGCUCCCAGGAUUUCGUGGCGUUCCCCAAGCUAGAGCAGGACGACGAGAAGUACCGCAAGCCCGUCUCCUCCUCUUCGUCCUCCCACUGCUCCCCGCUGUACGAAGGCCAGAAGGGGGACAUCUUUGAGCAGAAGGUGAUCUUCUCAGGCUUCGGGUCCAUCAUGCGCUUCUCCACCUCCGCUGUGAGCCAGCCGAGGGGCCGCGAUGCUUCCCCCGUGGACUACAAAGCCUCCAACCCCAUCAGUGGCCCUUCGGUGACGGGCAGCGUUGCCAGCAGCAGCAGCCACAAGCGUAUGCCAUCCCUCAGCAUGGAGGAGGGAGAGGUGCUGAAGGAAAAGAAGCACAAAGGCAGCAAGAAAAACAAGCACGGGCCUGGCAGGCCGAAAGGGGGCAAAAGCAAAGAGAUGUUGGGUGCCCAGCUGGCUGGGUCCACGUCGACGUCCUCGUCACCGUUCUCCGGGGGUUCUCUUGUCAGCUCCAGCAUCAGCAACUCUUCGCGGCCCUUCAGCCACACGGGGAACCUGCCCAGCCUCAGCAUGGAGUCCCCGCUGCUGAGUUCAGGGAUCUACACCAGUAACAAGGACCCUAUUUCCCACGGGGGCGGAGUGCUCCGGGCUGUGUGCAGCACACCCCUCUCCUCCAGCCUGCUGGCACACCAGGGCACAGCGUCCAUCCCACCGCUCAACCGCUCUCCUUUUGCAAGCACCAUCCCCACCUCCUCCUCCUCCUCCGUCUCCACCACGCAGGUGUUCUCGCUGGCAGGUUCCACCUUCAGCCUCCCCUCCUCCCACAUCUUUGGAAGCCCCCUCACAUCUGGGCUGUCCAUCAACCCGCUCUUAAAUCAGUCGGAAAGCAGCCGGGCAGAGCCCGACCUGGAGGACUGCAGUUUCGGCUGCCGAGGGACUUCGCCCCAGGAGAGUCUCUCUUCCAUGUCCCCCAUCAGCAGCCUGCCGACCCUCUUUGACCAGACGGUGUCCUGCAGCAGCAGCGGGCAGCUGGAGAAUGUCCCCCAGGCCACCCCCAACAUCGAGCAGCUGCUGGAGAAGCAGGGCAACGGGGAAGCUGGCGUCAACAUUGUAGAGAUGCUCAAAGCUCUGCACUCGCUGCAGAAGGAGAACCAGAGGCUCCAGGAGCAGAUCAUGACGCUGACGGCCAAGAAGGAGCGUUUGCAGCUCCUCAACGUCCAGCUCUCCGUCCCUUUCCCAGUGGUGACCAGCAGCAACGGGCCGGGCAGCCAAGCCCACUACAUCCUGCCCACCAACGUGUGCAACAACGAUUCCCUGAGCAUCAGCAAGAGCCCCCCGUGCAAGAACAGCUUUGGGAUCGAGAACUCGCUCUCCACUUCCUCCGAGGACCCUCAUUCAGGUUGCCCCAGCAGGAGCAGCUCCUCCCUGUCCUUCCACAGCACUCCUCCGCCCCUGCCCAUGCUGCAGCAGAGUCCUGCCUCGCUACCCCUUCCCGGGGUGCAGCAGGUGAAUGGCCUGGCCAGGGUGGCAGGCAGCGGGCUGGGGGGUGGCACCACUGCCAGCCACAGCCUCUCCACGGUGCCCAUGGUGGACGGCCUGAUGGGGACCGUGGCAGGAGGUCAGCAGAUGCCCAUCAACGGGAUCCUGGGGAAUCUGAACGGAGCUCAGGCCGCCCAGCCUCCAAGCGCGCUGACGCAGGCGAGCGGCCCUCCGACCUUGCAGCUCUCCACCAGCCUGAGCAGCAUGCCGAGCCUGAGUCCCCUGACGGAGCAGCAGCGGCACGUCUUGCACCAACACGAGCAGCAGCUCCAGCAGCUCCAGCAGCUCCUGACUUCUCAACCGCUUAAUCCGGAGCAGCAGGCCCUGGUGUUCCAGAUGAUGCAGCAGAUCCAGCAGAAGAGGGAGCUGCAGCGGCUGCAGAUGACGAGCUCAUCCCAGCUGUCCAUGAGCAGCCUCCUGGCAGCCACCUCCACCCCCCUCCUGCACUCCAGCACCAGCGCCCCGAUGACCUCGGCCCCCCAGCCGCCCCCCAACAGCAGCUCCCUCAUGGCCUCCCUCUCCCCCCAGCAGCUCAACCCUAGCAAUGCCCUCCUGGCUCCACCACAGGCCACCCCACCGCUCAGCGCUCCUGGGAGCAGCCUCAUGGCUUCGGGGACAGGCAUCCCUCCCGUCCUCACAGCACAGACUAACCCGUUUCUCAACCUGCAGGCUGAUGGCAACACCCCAAAAGGAACGAGCAUGAAUGAAAAGGGAGCUCCUCUUACCCAAGACAAGGGCUAAGCUCCCUCUCACCCUGAACAAACCAGCAGCCAACUCCUCUCAGCCAGGGGGAAAGUGGCUUUCCACAGUCAGCAGCUUUGGUACUGUUAGAGCAAUGAGCACAAGGCUUCCGAGAAGCAUUUCCUGCCGCUGGGCAAUGCCAAGAGGUGCUUUGGAAGACAGUCCGUCUCCGACCAAGCCCUGCUAUCAGGAGGAGCAAAGGUGGGGGGCAGCUUGCCAGGCUGCUCCGUGCCCCACGUGCUCAGAGCGAAGCUGUGUUUCCAGACAGAGUAGAGGAGAGUUAACGCCACGUGCCACCAUCUGCUCCCCGCCGUGAGCACAGAGCGCGUUGUUCCGUGCGUGCACUGAGAGCACGGAGCAUCCUCAGCCAGGAGCUUGGUGGAGGGGGGGGGGCACCCCCUGCUGAGGACACUGCUGUGCAGUGCAGAGGGACGUAGAGGUGCCCUCGGAGGCAGCGCUGGAUGUGACCCACGUGGGGAUGCUGCGGUGGUACCUACGUGGUGUGCUCCCCCUUGCUGGGGAGGCGAAGAAGAUCCAUAGCUGAGAUUUCUCACCUGCUGGGCUCUUUGGAUGCUCUUUGUAGCCAUCGUACGACGCUCCCUACACCUCAGCUGGACGCAGCCCCAGCCUGGAGGACACGGGUGGUGGGGUGAUGGGUGAGGAGUGGUGCUUGGAGAGCUGCAAGCUGCUGCUGCUGCUGUAAAGGACGCGGCCACAUCUGCUCUGCCAGCUGCUGGUGGGUCGGUGCUGUGCUUGGGGCAUGAAAAGCACAUUCCUGCUCCUCGUGCUGCCUCUCUUUCCUUCCACGAUGCCCAAAGGCCGACGUUCAGCUUGCAGAGAGGGGCUGUGGUCGGUUGUUACCCCAUAGCAGCCAACUCCUGAAGGAGCAUUUGAAGAGCCUGGCUCUUACAUCCCAACCCUCAGCUGGGCGGCAGAAAACGUGAGUGCAUGGAAAAGACAGCCUCAGUCGUGGUGCAUCAUUUCCCCACCACGAAUCCUUCCAGCCUGGCAAAAAAUAGCCAAACCAACCCAAGAAGCAGCUGUUCUUCCAUUGGUCUCAGGCACUGAGAGAGGGGAUCUCCGAGCAGCGGGGCAGUCGCUGAGCUCCCACGUUGGGGCGUUGGACCCUUUUGUUCUCUUCCACCUUUUGACCUUAACUCCGUCUCACAGCCCGGAACCUCAGCGAGGAGCUUCUGCUUCUGAGCCUGGAUGUCACGGGUGGCCGGCAGGGCAGGUGGGGCUGCUCUGAGGGAGGGGAGCAUUACAUCAAACGUACGCCUGCCCCUUCUUUUCCUCUUCCCAGCUCUUCUUGGGAUGGGGGGGCAGGUGCAAAGACUCCAGCAAACAGCAGCUCCGAGGGUCUUAAAACGUCACACGUGGGCAGACCCGAAGCCUUUUCAGCACAUUCCCACUGCCCCCUAACUGGUUUGCACUAUUGGAAUUUGUCAGCAGUGGGUCUGUGCUGAUGGGAAUAGGAGGCUGGUGGUGGGCAGAUCUCAUCCUUGACGUCUUUCUUCCUUUAUUUCUUUGGUUUGGUUUCUUCUUUUCUCUUUGGGAAAUGAUGGCCCCGAGGGUUGGAUAAAGCUAAAAACCAGAGGGAAGAGCUCCAUUCUGCUCUCCCGUCCUGUGAGCCGGGCAGCACUCUGCCGUCUGCUCAGAAAUACGCUCUGUAUCAUUUUGAUUCUGUUCUCUAAAGGCAGGAAAGCUGAUGUUUUAACAAGGCUGAGGAGCUGUGGGAAGGAUGGGGAUGGCAGCUAACGGUGAGAACACAAAGCAAAAUAAAACCCGAGGACAAAAGGUGCCCCCUCCUCAUGGUCCUGCAUGCAGCGCAGCCUCGGCGCGGAGCACCCCCUCCCCACUGCGUCCAUUGGGGUCCAACGGCGGCUGUGAGCUCUGCAGCUGCAACGCCUGCUGCUGCUGGGCUCACCUGUGGCUCCGAUUCCAUUCUGAUGAUGAUGAUUUUUCUCUUUUUUCACUGGGAGGUCCCUAUGGGGAGGUGCCACCUGCUGACCCGCUGCCUAGGCACGCGCAGGCUGCUGCAGAGCAUGCCCACGUUCCAGCUCUGCAGGGGAGAGCUGGGAGCAGGGAAGGAGAGGGGCUCCAUCCGUGUGGCUCUGAGCAGAGCACGCAGCACCUGCAGCAAAUCGAAGCCCUGCUUGGGCCCGUGGGUCAGCAGCCCAAUGCUGAGCACCAGCAGGAACCCGUGGGGUCAGGAGAGGCUCAUAGGGAAGGCGAGAGCCCUGCAGAUAAAGCACUUAAACAUUCCUCGGGGCUCUUUCAGAGGUGCCAGCCCUUCUCAGGGCACCCCCUGCACCCUGAGGUCCCUUUGGGCUAUGGGGGGGGGGCAGCGCCGAGCACCCACAUGGCUGUGAAGAGAGGAGGAGGAGGAGGAGGGAGAAGGAAAAGAAAAGCUAAAGAUGAUCUGUGUUUCAGUUGCACUGGGGUACAUUUCUUUACCCGUUUUGAUGCUGAUGUCUCAUUUAGUACGUUGCAUGUCUUUCUUUAUUUUUUUUUGUUUUGUUCUGUUUUUUUUUUUUAAUUAAAUAAAAGAGAAAAAAUGUGUAUAUUUUUGGCAAUUUAAGGUAAUGUAGCUAAGAUAUAUUUUUUUCACGCUGCUUGACUGUUCUUUAUUAUAAUAAAUAAUAUUAAUAUUAA